UUAUGUUUGGCGUCGGUGGAUUUCACGCUGACUGCGCGCGCAGCUGACAGGAUGAACUGUAAUAAAACAGCAUGAAUAAGCGCUGAGAGAAGAACCUUUGCCUUAAAACUCUCUUUUUUUCCGGAAGAACGCGCUUCAGGUUUUUUGGACGCAGAGGAGUCACGUUUGUUAGUUUAUCGUGUUUAUUACUAACUAACGGGAUUAACGAAGAGGCUCUGCGGAAAACGUCCGUCGCAUCUUCGGGAGGAAUCGGGUCUGAAACCGAUGCUGCUGUGAUUCAACCCGCCUUCCUGACAGCGAGCGGACCCGACGGACGGACACCGAUCUCCGGGAUGGACAACGCUCACACCAAAACCGUGGAGGAGGUGUUGUGCUUCUUCGGCGUGAACGAAUCCACAGGUCUGAGCUGUGAGCAGCUGAAGAAGAACCGGGACCAAUGGGGGCCCAACGAGCUUCCAGCAGAAGAAGGAAAGUCUCUGUGGGAGCUGAUCCUGGAGCAGUUCGAGGACCUGCUGGUCCGGAUUCUGCUGCUGGCCGCCUGCAUCUCCUUUACGCUGGCGUGGUUUGAAGAAGGCGAAGGCACCAUCACAGCCUUCGUUGAACCCUUCGUCAUCCUCCUCAUCCUCAUCGCUAACGCCAUCGUGGGGGUGUGGCAGGAGCGGAACGCAGAAAACGCCAUUGAGGCUUUGAAGGAGUACGAGCCUGAGAUGGGGAAGGUGUACCGGCAGGACAAGAAGAGCGUCCAGAGGAUCCGAGCCCGGGACAUCGUUCCCGGAGACAUCGUGGAGGUUGCUGUUGGCGAUAAAGUCCCGGCGGACAUCAGGCUGACGUCCAUCUGCUCCACCACGCUCCGGGUGGACCAGUCCAUUCUGACGGGGGAGUCCGUGUCCAUCCUCAAACACACCGACCCCGUCCCCGACCCCAGAGCUGUCAAUCAGGAUAAGAAGAACAUGCUGUUCUCUGGUACCAACAUCGCCGCGGGCCGGGCCAUCGGGGUCGUCAUAGCGACCGGGGUACAGACCGAGAUCGGGAAGAUCCGGGAUGAGAUGGCCGCCACUGAACCUGAGCGGACCCCCCUUCAGCAGAAACUGGACCAGUUUGGAGAGCAGCUGUCCAAGGUCAUCAGUGUCAUCUGUGUGGCUGUGUGGGCCAUCAAUGUGGGCCACUUCAACGACCCGGUCCACGGCGGCAGCUGGCUGAGAGGAGCGGUCUACUACUUCAAGAUCGCCGUGGCGUUGGCUGUCGCCGCCAUUCCUGAAGGUCUGCCGGCGGUCAUCACCACCUGCCUGGCUCUGGGCACCAGGAGGAUGGCCCGGAAGAACGCCAUCGUCCGCAGCCUGCCGUCCGUGGAGACGCUGGGCUGCACGUCUGUCAUUUGCUCGGACAAAACGGGAACGCUAACCACCAACCAGAUGUCCGUGUGCCGGAUGUUCAUAGUAGACAGUGUGUCCGGAGAAACCUGCAGCCUGAACGACUUCUCCGUGACCGGAUCGACUUACGCCCCUGAAGGGGACGUCUUCAGGGACGGCGUGGCGGUGAAGUGCAGCCAGUAUGAAGGUCUGGUGGAGAUGGCGUCCAUCUGCGCCCUCUGCAACGACUCGUCUCUGGACUACAACGAGUCCAAGGGCGUGUUCGAGAAGGUGGGCGAGGCGACGGAGACCGCCCUCUGCUGUCUGGUGGAGAAGAUGAACGUGUUCGACACGGACCUGAGAGGACUGAGCCGCGCCGAAAGAGCCACCGCCUGCUGCUCUGUGAUCAAGCAGCUGAUGAGGAAGGAGCUGACACUGGAGUUCUCCAGAGACAGGAAGUCCAUGUCCGUCUUCUGUUCCACCAACAAGCUCAGCCGCUCUCCGUCCGGAGCCAAGAUGUUCGUCAAGGGGGCCCCGGAGAGCGUCCUGGAGCGCUGCAGCUACAUCCGCGUCAAAGGCUCUGCCCGCGUGCCCAUGAGCAUGGCUGUGCGCGAGCAGCUGCUGUCCACCGUACGGGACUGGACCUCAGGAAGAGACACCCUGCGCUGCCUCGCCAUGGCGACCAGGGACACGCCCCCCGACAUCAACAGCCUGAACUUGGAGAACUCGGCGACGUUUGUGGAUUAUGAGACGGACCUGACCUUUGUGGGCUGUGUGGGCAUGCUGGACCCCCCCAGGAAGGAGGUGCUUGGAGCCGUUCGAAUGUGUCGGCAGGCUGGAAUCCGGGUCAUCAUGAUCACAGGUGACAACAAAGGGACGGCGCUGUCUAUCUGCAGGAGGGUGGGCAUCAUCACAGAGCAGGAGGAGGAGCAGGGGGGGGCAGGUAUAAUGGGGGGCCUGACGGGCCGAGAGUUUGACGAGCUGCCCCCUGCCCUGCAGCGGCAGGCCUGCCAGACGGUGCGCUGCUUCGCCCGCGUGGAGCCCGCCCACAAGAGCCGCAUCGUGGAGUAUCUGCAGAGUCUGAGCGACAUCACCGCCAUGACAGGCGACGGCGUGAACGACGCGCCGGCGCUGAAAAAGGCCGAGAUCGGCAUCGCCAUGGGCAGUGGAACGGCCGUGGCCAAGUCCGCCUCUGAGAUGAUCCUGGCCGACGACAACUUCUCCACCAUCGUGGCGGCCGUGGAGGAGGGCCGGGCCAUCUACAACAACAUGAAGCAGUUCAUCCGCUACCUGAUCUCCUCCAACAUCGGGGAGGUGGUGUGCAUCUUCCUCACGGCCGCUCUGGGGAUGCCGGAGGCCCUCAUCCCGGUCCAGCUGCUGUGGGUCAACCUGGUCACCGACGGCUUCCCCGCCACCGCUCUGGGCUUCAACCCCCCAGACCUGGACAUCAUGCUGCGUCCUCCACGCUCCCCCAAGGAGCCGCUCAUCUCCAACUGGCUGUUCUUCCGUUACCUCAUCAUCGGAUGUUAUGUGGGAGGAGCCACCGUAGGAGCCGCUGCCUGGUGGUUCAUGGCGGCGCAUGAUGGACCUAAAGUGUCCUUCUACCAGCUGUCUCAUUACCUGCAGUGCAGUGAAGGCCACGCUGAGUUUGCCGGCGUCCAGUGUUCGGUCUUUGAGUCUCCGUACCCCAUGACCAUGGCGCUGUCUGUGCUGGUCACCAUAGAGAUGUGCAACGCCCUGAACAGUCUGUCAGAGAACCAGUCCCUGCUGAAAAUGCCCCCCUGGGCCAACCCCUGGCUGGUGGGGGCCAUCUGCCUGUCCAUGGCGCUGCACUUCCUCAUUCUGUAUGUGGACCCCCUCCCGGUGGUCUUCCAGAUCCGGCCCCUCUCCUGGACUCAGUGGGUGGUGGUCCUGAAGCUGUCGCUUCCUGUCAUCUUGAUGGACGAGGCGCUAAAGUUCUUGGCGAGGAACUACAUCGAACCAGGAAGCCAGAUGCAGGAACACGAGGAGGAGGAGGAGCUGCAGAGGUCAGGCGGCGGCGUAGUCGGGGCCGUGAUGCUGAAGCUGCGCCAGUCGCUGAGGGGCGUGUCCUGGUCAUUUGUGCUGAUCUCGGCGCCGCUGGUGUUUUGGAUCUUCAGCCUGGACUCUGACAUCACCAACAUCUUCUGGGAGUAAAAACCCAGAAAAAAUGUUUGUUGUGAGGAGGAGGUGAACGCCUCGCCAACGGACAAUCAGACAGAAGAGAAGGUCAGUUUUAGCAGAAGGUCUCCAUGGAGACGAAGGUCGUCCAGAUGUUCCCGUCAGACCAAACAUCCUCCUGUGUUUGGCUGAAGUUCAUGGAGAGAUCCAAACCUCAAACCGCAGCGUGUUCCCCGCUUCCUCUGAGCGAUGACAUUCUUCAGCAGACAUCCACACUGCCCCCCGCACGCCAACGCCUGCACGCCAACGCCUGCACGCCAACGCCUGCACGCCAACGCCUGCACGCCCACGGCCGCACGGCCACAUCCGUACGCCAACGGCCACGGCCGUGGCAUCACGCCCACAGCCACACCCCAAAAUGCAGAGAAUAAUCUUCUGCGGUUUCCGUCAAACGUUCGUCUUUCAUUUAUUUCAGUAAAAACCAAAAGAAGCGUUCUGUUCUGACAGCGUCUUCCUCAAAGUUCUGUUUACUCCCAACAACCGACUCGGUUUGUUCGUUUUCGGUCAGAACUUAGAGAAGCGGGUCGGCCAGCGCCUUCCAGAGGAGGUUCUGCUGCAGAAACGGGACACCACGCCGCUCCUGCAGCCUCCGUCAUGGACCUGGUUCUGAUGCUUCGCUGCUCCUGUGGUUCUGAACCGGUUGGUGGAAGCAGAACCCCUCAGAACUUUUAUUCUGAAAAUCUGAUGGGAUUCUGCUGUUUCCUUAAGCCCCGUUUUUGUUCUGCUGAAGGUUUGAUGGAUUUCUGCUUAUGGGCUUCAGCUGAAUGCAGGAGAACGGGUCUGAUGUCCGACCAGCACCAGAACACCAGCGCCCCCUGUUGGCGGGUCCAGUGCUGAUCUAUGGAGGGUUUUGUUUGACGUUUUUCAGCUUUAGAGCUCAGGUGACUGAACUUUUCUGUAAACUGCAUUUUUAAUUGAACAGAGAAUAUUUUCAUUUCCAAAACAUAAAAUGAAGUCUUUUGUUUGCUGACAGGAGGAUUUUUGUUGCUGUAAUAAAGUUUCUGCCUGUUUUCUUGUUUCUGGCGUCAAAGGGAAAGAAAUGACCCCAAAGGAUUUCUGUUGCAGU